AUGUUUCUAGACUUAGUAUUAAGUUUUUGUUGUUCUAAAAUUCAGAAAGAUGAUAAAGAUGCAAAUUCUCUAAAUAGUAAUAACAAAGAACAAGAGAAAAUUAUUGAAUACAAGAAAAUUUAAUUAGAUAUUGAAAAAGGAAGUCCUGGUUAGAUAUAAAGUACUAAAAUAUUCAUUAUUAUAAGUAUCAAGUGACUCAUCAGCAAUAGUAUCCCCAUCUGACAAUUAAUUCUAAUUGAAUUGUGAGUAGGAAUAAGAAAAGGGUAUAUUCGAGGAAGAUAAUAUAGGAUAGAAACUAUUUGAUAUUUAAUAGGAUGAGGAACUACAAUUAAAUAAUAACCUUGUACAAGAUCAUUUUUUAUAACGGUAAGAAAAUGAGUUAUAAAAUAUAGUUCUAAACCUUUAGAGAAAUAAGAAAAGGAUUUGAAAAAGAAGAUUAACAAAAAAAAACAAAACCUUAAUGGAUAUAAAAGAGUUGUGAAGAUCUGGAAACCAGAGGAAGAUUAGAGGUUGAGAAAUCUGUAUUAAGAACACAAAGGAAGUUGGAAUAAAAUAAUUUAAUCUAUGUCCGAUAGGAAUAUUUCACAAUGCUCCUAAAGAUGGAGAAGGAUUAAUCCAAAAUAAGUGAAUUAGUUAUUUUAUCAAAGUGUAAAUAAAAAUGGAUUUAAGAUGAGGAUAAAAAGUUAGUUUCUAUGGUAGCACUUGAAGGCAAAAAUUGGACCAAUUUAGCCAGGCAUUUUCUUGGAAGAACAGGUAAACAGAUUAGAAAUAGAUAUCUUAAUAAAUUAGAUCCAAAUCUUAAUUUUGUUCCAUGGACAGACUAUGAAGAUCAAGAAAUAGUGAAAUGUUACAAUUAAUAUGGUGCAAAAUGGAGUUUGGUUGCGUCACAUUUAAAAGGAAGAUCAGUAUUGAUUCUAAAUAAUUAUAGGAAAAUAUGGUGAAGAACAGGUUUUAUUCACAUAUUCAAAAACAUCUUUUGGGUAGAUAAAAUAAAUACUAGAUAAUAUUUAAAUAAGGCAAUAAUUAAGAAUAAUAGAAUGGCAUUUCUUAAAUGAUUGAGGGAAAUAAAAAUAAGGAAAUUGAAUAUUCUGAAACUUCUAAUAAUGAUAUGAAAUUCGUUAAUUCUGAAAACUAUUCAGUAAUUGCUAAAAUACCAAUAUUUUAGUCUUCAAUUGGAUAGAGUACAUUUACUUUUUAUUAUUAUGAAAAUAUUGACUUUGAAGGGAACCAAGAAGUGCUGACCAAUAAUAUAUAAUUUGAUCACAAGUUUAAUGAAAAGCCAUGA